AUGAGGUCUCAAAAAACAAGGAGAAAUAUGCUGUGGUUGAAAACAAUCCCUCCAUGCUUAGUUUCUAUGGUGACGCAAUUGUGACUGAGGAGGGCUCGGAUGACAACACAAUCCCUCGCUAUAUCUUUGAAUUUGUUAAUUUCAAUGAUCUUAUCAAACGUUGCGGGAAAGAGGUGUUGGCAGAUGUAAUUGGAUUUAUAAUUGAUGUGGAUCCAAUUGAGGAGAAAACAACCGUCAAUGGGAAAGUCGACAUGUUGUCACUUCAUUUGGGGGAUGGCAGUGGGAAUGUCUUGAAGGUAACGCUAUGGGAUGACUAUGCUCCGAUGUUUAAUCAAAAACUGAUAGAUCAAAUGCAUGCUACUCCUAAGCCAAAUGUGGCAAUUUUUACCUCCACUUUGGUAAAACAAUACCAAGGUGAGCUUUAUGUUUCGUCUUCAAGAUCCACAACAAUUUAUAUCAACAUAGACACCCCUGAAGUUGCUGAUCUAAUUUUGUCGUCCAAGUGCGUCAUUUAACUCAUGUUUAAAUACUUAUG